CUUGACGCUUGGGCGGGCCAAGGCGAAGGCUGGAAGAUGACGGAUGAGAUGAAGGGUUUCUCGUGCUGUGUUCUGUCCAAAUUCCCAUGACUAUCGUGACCAGCAAAAAUGUCGGCCUCGGGGGCUUAUGCCCAAAGAAAUCAUUUCUCCCAUUUUUCAUCUGUUGUUUUCUCUUUUCCCUACUGUGUGGUUGUGGUUGCAGAGUGAGGUGCCAUCAGAGAAAAGUUCGAAAAGGGAAGCUGAUUCGCCCGGGGAUUAUUCCAGUGGUUGUCUAUGGUGAGUUAUCAGUACCGGUCCGGCGUAUUUGUCGUACUGUUCUCGAAGUUGUCGACCGUUGGUUCGAAGCCCGAAACGCGCUAUGUACCCCAGACCCGUAAUUUUCCAAGAGCUGUUGACCAAUCCUUCAUUGCAGAGCCGUGAGAAGACGCCAC